AUGGCUCCAGACGCAACCCCUGGGGUUCCUGCCCCGAGCACCCCCCCCAGGCGACCCUCCUCCAGCCAGGCCUCCCUGGGCGGCGAAGCUCCAUCUGAGGACGCCGAGCUCCUGGAGUGCCCCCUGUGCCUGGUGCGCCAGCCUGCCGAGCAGCUGCCCGAGCUGUUGGGCUGCAGCCACCGCUCCUGCCUGUGCUGCCUUCGCCAGUACCUGCGCAUCGAGAUCACCGAGAGUCGCGUCCAGCUCAGCUGCCCCGAGGGCGCGGAGGUUGCCAUGACGAUGGUGGAUGCGAAAGAGAGGCAGCGUUGCCAAGGGUUCGCCGUCAUCGCUUCUGGCUGUGCCAGCUGCCCCCGGCUGGUGUGCCGGCGCGAGGGCUGUGGCGCCGAGUUUUGCUACCACUGCAAACAGGCCUGGCACCCCAACCAGACCUGUGACUCGGCCCGCCAGCAGAGGGCGCAGUCGCUGCACACGCACAGCACCCACUCGCCAAGCUACACCCAAGAGCAGGGACCAGCGGAUGACAUCAAGCCGUGCCCGCGCUGCGGCGCCUACAUCAUCAAGAUGAACGACGGCAGCUGCAAUCACAUGACGUGCGCCGUGUGCGGCUGCGAGUUCUGCUGGCUGUGCAUGAAGGAGAUCUCGGACCUGCACUACCUGAGCCCAUCUGGCUGCACCUUCUGGGGCAAGAAGCCGUGGAGCAGGAAGAAGAAAAUUCUGUGGCAGCUGGGCACGCUCAUCGGUGCCCCCGUGGGCAUCACGCUCAUCGCCGGCAUCGCCAUCCCCGCCAUGGUCAUCGGCAUCCCCGUCUAUGUUGGCCGCAAGAUCCACGCUCACUACGAAGUGAAGAAGACGUCUCGCCACCGCAGGAACUUGGCCAUCACGGGCGGCGUGACCUUGUCCAUCCUCACCGCGCCCGUCAUCGCCGCCGUCAGCGUGGGCAUCGGCGUGCCCAUCAUGUUGGCGUACGUUUACGGUGUGGUGCCCAUCUCGCUGUGCCGAGGAGGCGGCUGCGGCGUGAGCAGAGGGAAGGGCCGGGGGGUGCGUAUCGACUUUGACGAGGACGAUGGGCCGAUCACAGUGGCAGAUGCGUGGCGAGCUCUCAAGUCGCCAAGCCUUGGCGAGAGCAGCCUGGACGGUGCGGUGAGCGGCCUAAGCACCACUUCCCCCAGUGAGGGGCUUUCGAUGGUGCCGGGGACCGUCGGGGAAGCGCCCCACUUCAACACCCUGGCCGGCGGCGCGCUGGGGGCCCGUGCCGGCAAAUACAGCAGGCUGGAAGUGCAGGCGGGAGAGCUGGCCAAGGAGUCGGCCCAGAAGGAGACGGGGAGCUUGGGGGCGGGGAGCGACUGUGCCAGUACGCGCGGGAUGGCCGGCUCCAUCAUCUCCUCCUACACGCUGCCUGACAGGGAGUGCACCAACCUGGAAAUCCAAGUGGACAUUGAGACCAAACCCAGCCACCUCUGCCUGACCAGCGAGGAGGACCUUGCUCCAGCCGCCGCCGCGAGCGCCUUGGUAGGGGAGGAGCCCCUGGACUGCAGCUCCAGACGAGGCGGCGCUCCGGGCCUGUCGCCGGGCGGCUCGGUGCGGGACAAGGACGAGGGCCUCCACGAUGUCACUCUGGCUCAGCCCGAAAGCAUCCGCAGCGACUUGGAGAUGUCCGACACGCAGUCGGACGACAUCGCCGAGCUGACGUCGGACGACUGCGACUCGCCCCGGCCCAAGGGACCGCUGCCCACGCAAGUCGCCUCGUGCCGGGCCAUGAGCACCCCCACUGAAGGCCUUCACUGUCCCGCCGACGCCAACGUCAUCCUGUAUGUGUGAGAUGCCGGAAGAUUUGAAAAGUUUUUGAGCAUUUCUUCCAUAUCCUGGAUAUCCAUCUUGAGAUCUACUAGUCCAAGUCUUUGUCCUCACUGGUAAGACAAUUUGGCGCGCUAGUAGACCGACUGAAUAUCAAGCAUAUUCAAUAAACGCUCAAAUGUCUUUUCAAAGACAGCAGCUCUCAGGAACGCACAACAAACAUUCUGACCUCCCUUAAUGUUGUUUUUUUUUUCCCUGUUGUUUUUUUGUUUGUUUUCUUUCCUGCUUUUUUGCCUCCAGCAGACGUGCCACCCUGGCGACCGGCUGACAAUCUUCUCAUUGUCAGAGUUCUACCUCUGAGAUUUAUAUGUGCGUGUUUACUCCCUGGGAUAAAAUGCCUUGGCUACUACUUAAUUUGGGGGGGAAAAAAACAAAAAAAAAGAGGUACAAGUUUUCCACACAAGCAGGUGAAACCUGGCGCACAGCCCCAGCGGAAGUGGAAAAAAACCAUGCGUGUAACGUGUGUGUGUGUGUGUGUGUGUGAGAGAGAAAAUGAAAGAAAAACUGUGGCUUUGUUUUCCUCCUCCUGCUCUGUUCAACUGUCGCUUGCUGUGUGCGCAUGAGCCCGGUGUGGAAGGUUUACCAACGUGAAUGCACAGCAAAUACACAAAAGAAAUUUCUGUAGAUGACUACUACACUGUUUAUUGAGUAAGUAAUAUUAUGACACCGAUGAGAGCCACACAGACUUUUGGGCGGUGCAAGCGCAAUGCAGUGGCGCCUCUAGAAUCAAGUGACCACACUUCAAUUUUUGAGAUACCGGCUGUCGUUUGACUAUUUUCAAUUUUUUUUUUUUUUUUUGCAUUGACCUGAGUUAAAUUCUGAGAUACGAGUGCCGUAUCUCGCAAUACUCACGGGCUAAUGUAUAUAUAUUUUUUUAAUCCUCUGCAAUCAGUGCAGUGAAACUAUUAUACUGCCCCCAAGUGGCCAAAUUCCGCACAGCUGAAGGAGACGCAAUGAAAGCGUUAUGAUGGCCAAACUGUCAUGCUUUACAUUUUAUUUAAUUAUUAAUGCAAGUAUGAUUUUAAUUAUUUUGUCGAUUGGUAAAUCUGAUUUUCAAUAUGUUUUUAAUUUCUACACCAUUAUUUAAAAAAAACAAAACGGGUUAUUAUGUCAAAUGGAUAGUGUAGAAAAUGCACCAACAAACAUGAUCAUUCAUUUCCUGGUUUGGUCCGCAACAUGUCAGGAAAUAGGCCAAAAUGUUUCGUAUUCUUUUCCAAAGUAAGAGCAAAUUUUUAUUUUGAUCCAACGCAGAGCUCAGUGUCCUUUCAUUCUCAAGGCACCACUGUAUUUGUAUCUGUGAACAACAAAAUGAUGUUGACGGAUGUCUGCACAUACCUGAAGUUGUCACUGUGUGUGCGUGUAUUUAACUGGUUCGCAUAUUGGAUUAUUUUUUUUCUUUUUGCUGGUUUUGAAUGCGCACUUUUGCACUUUAACCAAGCUUGUCUUUUUUUUCCGUUGGUGGGGGCUACUCAUCAUCGUCUUGAUCAUCAUCAUCAUGCGUUUGCAUUUAAAGGAGACGUAUGUGUCCCCCCCCCGCCCCCCACUACACACACACACACACACACGAACAAUUCAAAAUGGUUUGUAAUUAUCUUAUGACUGUUGUGACAUUCUUUGGUCAAGAAAGUCCAAAGAUAAAAAAAAUAAAACACACUUUAGACACAUUACACAGAGUGUGGAAGGGAAAAAAGGCCAUUGACAAGUGGAACAUUUUCAUUCAUGGAGUCAGCACUUAACACACUAUACUGUGUGUAUGUGGCACAUUGGCAUGUUGUUGUUUUUUUGUUUUUUCAUUAUUCAAUAUCUCCCCUGAAUUUACAUGCAACCAAAUUCAAGAUCACACCAGGAUGCCUUUUAUGUUUGACGUGACUGAAGUGUUAAUCUCCAAAACCUUUUUUUGUGGUUCACUAAUAUUUUGUGCGUGUGUGUAUGUGUAUAUAAUGCUUUUAAUUGUGAUUUUGGAGGUAAACACUGAUGGUCGUCUUAAUCAUUCUCACUGGCCUGAAUUAUUUCUCGGCUUUGUGCUUGCCUAUGAACUGGAGUGGGGGGUGACACGCUUCUUGGAGUCUGCGUGGAAUGUUCCUCAUGUCCGACGUGCAACUUUUCGUCUUCGGCUGCUUGUUUCAUUUGCUGCACUUUUUACUCAUUUUUCUCCUUGCCUGAGAUAAAGCACUCGAAUGUACCACGGGCCUGUACCUUAGCGACCAAGCGUCUAUUGGAGAUAUUUGGGUGAAAACAAGAUAGAUUUAGCAAUAUUUGAGUGUAACUAAACCGCUCUUCUACUUCCUGUCACUGUCAAAGUCUCACCCUGGCGUGAGGAUGCAAUUGCAGGACUGUGAAUGACCUUUUUUUU